UGGAUAUUUUACAGAGAUUUUCAUUGCAUUGGUUGUGUUCAAUGUAAUAGUUGAAAAAUUAAAUGUGCAAACAAGAUACCUCAGACACAAUGGAUGCAACAAACAAUGGAACAUCAGGGAGUGCAGUGGCUUGUCCAGUAUGUACCCUCUAUUUGCGUGAGGGUAUCAGUUUACAAAGACAUUUGGACACUCAUCCAAAGGAGCAAGUCAUUGAAGCUCUUAUCAAAGCUAGUAGUAAUUCUUCGCAAUUGCAACAGACUCAAUUAUUACCAUCAUCAGCGCCUCCAGCAUCUUCAGCUAUACAAGCACCACAAAAUACACCUCAAGUUGCACAGAAUUCUCAUCUAUCAGCUCAAUCUCCAUAUCCUAUAGGACCUAUUUUUGAGUGUCCACCAAUUAGUACUGUGAUGCCACCUCAGUUUGCUUCAUUUAGUUAUCAGCAGUUUGUAAAUAAUGGCACUAUGAUGAUACCACAAUACACAAUGGCUCCACAAGUUAAUCAGAUGAUGCAAAUGCUAUAUAAUCCAUAUGGUAUGUACCAGCAGCAACAAAUACCAACUGUUCAAAUGAUUUCACCAGUCACAGCCAUACCUAAUACAGCUAGAGUUAAGCCAGUUGUGACUAUGGCUGGUGAAACAAGUGGUAGAACUGCCAUUGCUGUACCUGUAAAUAAUUCCGAGCCAAAACAAAUUUUACCUGAAAUUUUACCUGAAUCGGAACAGGAGUCUGAACAAGUGUUACCAGAUAUUAAUCUUCCAGUUUCUCCUCCAUCAUUAAAUGAAGAUACUUCUAUGCAGCAAAAUGAAAGUGAAGCUAGUACAAUUCCAAUAGGAAAUGAGGAAGAUGGACCCCAUAGUUCAAGUACUCCAAUAAAGCAUAUUGUGCAGAAUGAGUAUGAUAGCAUUCCAAGAUCAUUGGCAAUCACUUGUGUCACUGAUACACCAGAUGAUAAAGUUGAGAGUGUAUUACCAGAUAUUGAUGAUGGAGAAUCAUCAUGUGUUAAUACAGAUGUACAAUGUAAGUCUAUUGAUUAUGAAUCAUCAGAAAUUGAAACAUUUGAGCACACUUACAAAGAAGAUGAUGAUAAUGAUAAAAUUACUAUGCCUGAAGUGUCACCAAUAGUAACAGAAAUUGAAAGCGAAGAAGCAACUAAUGAAAAAGUUCCUUGCACUGAAGAGAAAAGUGAAAAUGAAGGUACCUUAACAGAAAAGCCUUUAGAAGAUACAAUAAAGGAAUCAGCUCAACCUGAAGUAGAACAAUUAGAGCGUCUUUUAAUCACCAUCAUAGACAAUGAAUUUAAUGAUACAUCACAGAGAGAAUCCACUUCUGAGGAUGACCAAAAGAAAAAUGAAGAUACAAAGCAAAGUCCUUCUUCUGAAAAAAUAGAAAGUGUAAUCCAUGAAACAACUAAUAUUUCCAGUGAACAUGAAAGCAGUUGUAAAUCUGAUAUAGACCUAAAACUUAGUGAACAUGAAAGCAGUUGUAAAUCUGAUAUGGAAUUAAAACUUAGUCAAAAUUCGGAAAAUGAUAUAGAGAUUACUGAAGAAAAGAAGAGCCCUUGUUUUUCAUACCAUUAUAAAAACAGUUUAUCUGCACCUGCAUCACCUGCUCUACAAAAGAGACCUCGUAGAACCUACUCUGUUUGUUCAGAAUUUGGUUCAAAUGAAAAUCUCAAUUCUUAUCCAAUUGGUUUUGAUGCAAAUACAUUACAAGAUGAAGAUGAUGAAGAUGAAAAGAAUGAAGCAGAAGAUAAUUUUGAUGAGGCAGAUAUGGAAAUAGAAGAAAUACCUAGCCCACAUACUCCUUUCACUAAAUAUGGUGAGAGUUCUGAACAUGUCAGAUCACAUACUCCAUUAUCUGUAAGUAGUGGUAUAUCUGUUUUAAGGGUCAGAAAAGAUCUCAGUAAACCAUGUUCACCUGCUUCGGUACAUUCAUUUUGUCAUAUGGAUGCUAAUGGUAUAAAUCAUGAUGAAGAAAGUAAUGCAGCAAUGGAUGUAUCACCAGAAAAAGAUCCUAUUGAUUGUUCUUCAGCAGUACAGGAUGUAAAGGUUGAUCAAUCAGAACUUCCCUUAAGUGAAAAUGAGAAAAAAAUGGAAGGGAAUUCGGCAUAUCAAUCUGUAAUCACUGAGCAUAUAAGUUCAUUUCCUACAAUUCAUUCACAACAUUCUCAACAAUCAACAUCAAUGGAUGAAUCAUACAAUACACCAAAUAAAAGUAAUAACCUUGUAAAUUUGUCAGAAUCUAGUGAUGUUGCAAGUAGUUCUGAUUCAAAAAGUUUUCAUUCAUCUAAAUCAAUUAUACAAAAGCAAUCAGUGGAACUUCUUAGUUUAAAUGAAGAUGCCCAUGCAGGUCCAAUGAAUGUAUUUGAAUUUGAUGGGCUUCAAAUCUUAGUUCCUAGUACAUUUAUAAGUGAUUCUUCACAAAAAGCUGUUAGUGCAACCAGCCAACAAUCCAUGGCAAGUAGUGAAGGUGGAGUAGGUGCAGAUGAAGAGGUUAAAAGCAUUAACAUGAGAGCUGAUGAAACUAUGCCACCCAGAGGUGAAUUAUCUGAACAAGAAAGCAAUGGAUGUACAGAACAGUCUGCGUGGCAGUUAUACACUGGUCAAGAAUCAUCACGGAUGUCAACCUCUUACGAUUUAAUGGCACGCGAAAGUUGGGAAGAAUCUGAAGGAUCAGACAAUGAAAUUGGAGGCCCACUAUUAGAUAGCAGAUCUUUAGCGACACAUUUUACAUCAAGUUUAUUUUUAGAUCGAGAUAGGAAAACUCCUACGAAAAGAACAUUCAAAUGUUAUCAUUGUCCACAAGUAUUUGAAUGCCCGAAAGAACGUCGAGUACAUAGUACCACCGCGCACAAAGAAGCUGGACCGAGUAGCAGUAGAGAAUCUACCGAUCAACCUGAAGUAAAGGAUAUUAAGUUACUGGAUGGCCGUAUGAAUGUGUUUGAAGAUAUUUUUGUACCAGGUUUACAUGUUCAACAAGUUUAUCAUCAACAACCACUGUUACAUCAACUUCAACCUCCACAAUCAUCAGAAUUGACUACAAAAGUAGAAACAGAUCAAAAAAUUGAAACGUUAGUAAUACCAUCAAACAUUGAAGUGAUUUGCACACUUUGCAAUCAAAGAUUUAGUAGUGAAAAAUCAUUACAGCUACAUCAUAGAAGAGUACAUAUUGCAGAAACAACAAAACGAAUUCGCGAGAGCACCAAGUGCCAGAUAUGUCAUGAAGAAUUUCCUUCACUUUUAUUGUUUAAUGCCCAUUUAAAAAUACAUCCAUUAGAAUGUAGUCAGUGUGGAAAGUAUUUUUAUAGAAAACAAAAUUUCAAGCUACACAUGAAACGACAUUUAGGAAUUAAACCAUUUCCGUGUACCGUUUGCGAUAAAGCAUUUUUAACGAAACAAAAAUUGGACGAACAUACUAAUGGUCAUACCGGGAAUGCACCUGUUAAGUGUAAUCUUUGCAAUGAAACAUUUCGUAGAUAUUCAAAUUUAACUCAGCACAAAAAUAGACAUCAUCUGAAUAUAAAGAAGAAAUUGAAAGAUUACAUAUGUCAUUGUGGUGAGGUUUUUCAUACAAAGAAAAAAUUAGCUUGGCAUAAAGAAACACACGAUGAAAAACCCAAAGCAUGUACAUAUUGCAAUGAAAGAUUCAUUCACAUGGCCAGCUUGACUCGACACAUGCGCCGAGCUCAUAACAAAAGAUUCGUUCCAGAUGCUCAAAGAGAGAGCGAAAAUGUUGAAUGUCCCGUAUGUAAGUGUAUUUAUUUGCGAUCUUCCUUAGCAGUACAUAUGCGAGUUCAUAAUGGUGAAAGACCAUAUGAAUGUCAAGUUUGCUCUAAAGCAUUUAGUACUAAGUGGAACUUACAAUUGCACAAAUGGACUCACGCUGCCCGUAGCACCAAACCUUUCAAGUGUAAUCAGUGUAGUGGCGCGUUUUACCGGCACAGUGAUUAUACUGCUCAUAUGAAUUCUCAUAGAAACGUGCGUCCUUACACCUGUAACUAUUGUGGAGCGCAGUUCAUACGAAAGUAUAAUUGUUUGAGGCAUGUAAAAGAACACGAAGAGAACAAAGCAUAUACAUGCGAUGUAUGCAACAAAACUUUUCAUAGAUCAUAUUACCUAAAAGAACACUUGCGAGUACAUUCAGGUGCCAGACCAUAUACAUGUCAUAUUUGUGGAAAAUCUAGCGGUACGAAAUCCAAUCAUAACAAACAUGUCAGAAUUCAUCAUGCACGAGAACCUGUAACUACCGAAAAUUAA